UCUCUCGCCCUAAUAUGGACGAGCCCGACACGUCCACCUACGCGCCGCGCUCGCCAGACCUCUCCACCCUCGACGCCCACGCCGCAGACCCCAACCAGCCCGUCGCGCACAGCCACAGCCAACGAUAUCGCGGCUCCGACCCGGCUUCAUACGCACCACUGCCGUCGCAGCACCACCAGCCCUUCAACCCCAUCGACCCCCACCACAACAACAACCAAACCUACCACCUCUAUCCCAGCCGCAACAGCGUCAGCAUCUCGUCGCCCGACCAGCUCUUUUCCAUGCCCCGUGUCGCCAAGACGGAGCACGAAGACGACCAAGAGUGGUCCCCGCACGCCGGCCACAAGAAGCUCAAGACAACCAUCAAUCCCGAGCAAAUGGACGUCGACGCCCCCAAUGGCGGCGGCGUCGUCGCCGAAGGCCCCGAGCUGGCUCCCGGCGUCGCCGAGGGAAUCGAGGUCAAGACCAAGUUUCCCGCCGCGCGCAUCAAGCGCAUCAUGCAAGCCGACGAGGACGUCGGCAAGGUGGCGCAGGUUACACCGCACGUUGUCGCCAAGGCACUCGAGUUGUUCAUGAUUUCCCUCGUCACAAAGGCCGCGAACGAGGCCAAGAACCGCUCCUCGAAACGCGUCUCCGCUGCCCACCUCAAGCAGGCCGUCCUGCAGGACGAGCACUUCGACUUCCUCAACGACAUCGUCAACAAGGUCUCGGAUGCGCCGGCGCCCGUUGACCGCGGCGGCUCGCCCGAGGAGACCGAGGGCAAGAAGCGCAAGGGCGCAGGUCGGAAGAAGCGCAAGGACAGCGACGACUUAUGAGGGCCACGAAAGCAAAAAGAAAAGAAACCCUUUUGAAUUUUUUUUAUUCCACUUCUUCUUCUUCCACUUACUCCCUUUCUUCCCUUUUCGGAAGUCUGCCAAGACGAUUUCCUUUUUUCGCGGUAACUAGCUGGGUUCUUCUCGGGACUUUGGUUUGGGCGGGUAUACAGCGCGGCUACUGCAGAUUCCCCCGUGGCCUCAAGGCCUCAUGGCUCUAAGUGGCAUCCGGCGUCAAGGUGUGGAACAUGGGGCGGGAGCUUUUGCUUGACACAUUUGCGGGUUGUGCAGGUUAGCAAAUAAGGGCCAGGAGGCGUG